GCUCUCUCUCUCCCUCUCCCUUGCUCUCCCUCAUCUCAUUGUAUCAGAGGAGGCCAAAUCUGAAGUCCAACCCAGGGAGUGGCUUUGUUCCUCUUAUUCUCCAGCCAGCGUGGAACAGUGUGAGAAGGAGAGAGACACGUUCAGCAAACAAAGGAGCAGAAAGAGCACAGAGCACCGCAACAUGCUGCUCCUGGGCCCCAAGGUGCUGCUGCUCCUCACCGCACUCCUCAUCCCCGCUGAAUGGAUGCGCUUGGGUGUCAAUGGUCAGAGAGGAGAUGAUGUGACUCAAACAACUCCAGAAACGUUCACAGAUGAUCCCAAUCUGGUGAAUGAGCCCUCUACAGAUGAAACAGUUCUGGCUGAUAUCGAGCCCUCCACAGAUGACCUGGCCUCGCCCAGUGAUAAAAAUGCCACCGCAGAGUGCCGGGAUGAGAAGUUCGCUUGCACAAGACUCUACUCUGUUCAUCGCCCAAUCAAACAAUGUGUUCACCAGCUGUGCUUCACCAGUUUACGACGUAUGUACAUCAUCAACAAUGAGAUCUGCUCCCGUCUUGUCUGUAAGGAACACGAAGUUAUGAAAGAUGAGCUUUGCCGUCAGAUGGCUGGUCUGCCCCCUCGGCGACUCCGCCGCUCCAACUACUUCCGACUUCCUCCUUGCGAAAAUGUGAAUUUGCAGAGACCCGGUGGUCUGUGAUCAUCAUCAAGGAAGAGGAAAGAAGCAAGAAUACGUGGUGAGAGGAAGGAGAAAUUCCUUCUGCUCCAACCAUCGCCAGCUAACCCAUACACAGUAGUAUUUUUUAAGCCAAUGCCUUUGUAAUGUCCAGCUUUUUGCCCCUGUUCCCUAAUUUUUCACCCAGAUAACAUUUAUCUCAUUUUUCAGUACUCAGAAUACAACAUAUAUAUUAUUGCAUGGUCUUGCUGCUUCCCCAUAUGAUAGACAUAGUGGAUAAAGGAUGACCACAUGGUUUCUAUACAAACAUUCUACAUUCACUUUCAAGGGAGACUAGAUGUUAGAUUAAUAAUCUCUACUAUUGGAUCUGUUAAAGAUAGAGUUUCGGAUGUCUAUCCUUGUCUAUUCUGGCUAACCACAGACCAUCACUUAUUUUCCCUUGAAGAGUUUCCUGGAUAACUGCCCGUCAUUUAUGUGUUUCUUUUUAUUCUUCAUGAUGUUGCCAGAUUGUCUAAAGUUUUCCUAGCAGGUCUUCUUUAUGGGAAAGAUAACAAUAGCUUUUACAGUUUCUCCAACAGAGCCAUGGAUUACACUUGCAAUAUAAAGACCCCAAAUGUCUCUGCUAAUCUCAGAGGCAGGGGCUAAAGAGAGAGAGGACUAAGCUUGGGGGAGAACUUGUACUCAACACUGCCCUGUCCAACUUUUCACGCAGUUGUCCAAUGAGGAAGCAGGACAGGAAGUAUUUCCUCUUUACUUAAUCGCUUAUGGCAGCACAAUUGGCCUUCUAUAUCCAUGGGUUCCACAUCCAUAGGUUCAACCCAAUGUGGGCCAAAAAUAUUUUUUAAAAAAGUUUGCAUCUGUACUAAUAUGCACAGGUUUUCCUGGUCAUUCCCUAUACAAUAUAGUCAACAACUAUUUACAUAGCAUUUACACUGUAUUAGGUAUAAGAAGUAAUCUAGAGAUGAUUUAAAGCAGACAGGAGGAUGUGGGUAGGUUGCAUGCAAAUACUAUACCAUUUUAUAUGAUACUUGAACAUUCGAAAAUUUAGGUAUCAGGGGUAGAUCCUGGAACUGAUUUCCCAUGGAUACUGAAGGCCUACUGAACAGGUUAGCUGAUCUCCGAAAAGCGAACUAGACAACUUGAUGUGAAACCACACCAUUGGUCAGUGUUUCCUUGAGUUGUGGAGACUUGUUCAUCUUCACCACUUACCAAGUAUGCAAACAGAGAUCAGUGUACAAAUGGCUUCCAGAAUAUCCUGAUUCGGAGCCUGAAUUUCAAUAGGCAAACAGAAAGUUUACCUAAUAGCUAAUGUGAAAGAUGGAUAAACACAAUACUCAGAUAGUCCACAUGCUUAUCCUGGCCCCAGCAGGAGCCCUGUAGACUCAAAGAACUCACUUUCCCUCAUUGGGUCCUAAUUUAAUUCAUCUCAUUUUUAAAAUGAAAUGCUUACAUUUAUGUUUAAGUUUCUUUUAAUUCUUCAGUUUUCUGAGUUGAAAUGCAUUAGUCAUAUUUCUUGACACCUAGAUGCAGUCCAACUCACACAAACUUGUCUGUCUCAUCGUGGAUAAGGAUGCAGUCCACAAUGUAAUUGAACAAAAUCCCAUGGUAGUGACAAAUUAUGUAUUAUGAAUCUUCUGUCUAAAGAACUCAAUAACUUUCUAUAAAAGCCAAGGGAAUUCAAGAGGAAUUAGGGGACAAGUUGCAUCUGACAAUAGGGGUUGGAUUUCUUUCACGUUGCUGAGAAAACUAGCUAAAUGUGUGUUGGAUUCUUACUAUUAAGUAAUAAUGAGAUUAACAUAAUUUAGCUUAAUGGGAUUGACAUAACUGAUUAAAGAGAAAUGCUAGAAAAAUCCCCGAAGUAAGUCAUCACUACUCCUUGCCAUCUCUAGAAUUAAACGUACUCAUAGAUAGAUGCAUUCAAUGUAUACUGUAACCACUGUAGAGAAGCCUCAUAGGCACAGGAUUUCCAAGAAUCAUUUUAAAGAAUCUGCCUAUGAACUUGACCCACCUGCUGCACAUUGAACGAGAGGUGACAUUCCCAGCAGACAACACCUUUAUGCCUGUAUUGUGUCUAUUGAAAAUUAAACGUUUUAAAAUAAAUUUUUUCCAAUCUCUCAGAAUAAAGUUGCUUUUGGUCUGA